AUGCCAUUAGGAAUCUGUACUGACGCGCUGUCACACAUCCUGGUGUGUGAUUUUAAAACCAGCACAGUACAGAUGUUAAAUAAGGACGGUCAGUUCCUGUCACAUCUCCUGACAAAAUCACAAGAGAUUGGUCUACCACACAGCCUGAGUUAUGAUGUCAACACUCAUCGUCUCUGGGUCGGUUCAGAGAACAACAACAAGGUGUGUGUCUACAGAUAUAUCACCAGACAGGACGCUCUGACAUACGAACACACACCCCGUCCUGAUGUGGACACCCGAUACAGGACACCUCAACACAACACAACUCAUCAACUAAAAGAAAGUAAAUCUCACUCACGCAUGUAUUUGUAA